CUUCCCACUUCCGCCCCCCCCCCUUAAAACGGUAACCACGGUAACUAACGAAGUCUCGCGUGAGUUCGGUUAGCGUCGAGCGAGAAAAGCAAUAUCUAUGGAGAGAGGGGUUUGAUGCGAGGAAGUGCAAAUCAAAUGAUUGAUGAAAUUUCCGAAAGGCACGGCGAGCUUCAUGUGUCCUUUCGCCGGCCGGCCGUUACGGUAGAUCGCGCGGAAGAAACCACCAACACCGCAGGAUCAACCAACAUCCAGACCCACCCUGUCUACAAGGCAGCCCUGAGGGAAUUUGAACAUUUCCGAGAGCUCUAAUUUUUUUUUGGGGGGGGAGCUAACAAUGCUAACUUUAGCUUUGUUUACAUGUAGCGCGCGCGCGUCGUAACUGGGAGCUAAUCGCAAACCGAAUCCGUUUAACCACCCACGUAUGAACCCGACGUUAUUGUUUGACCACAAUUAAGCCACUUGUUUUGAAAAGACUUUAUUUAUGGCCAGUCGAGUGACUUCUCGCGCGAGGCUACAAGCCGCCGCCAGCGAGCUAGCUAGGCUGCUAAGCUAACAGGCUAGGCUCCGCGAAACAAUGCUACCCCUUUGAAGAUGGCUAUACAACUACAACGUUCGCCCCGACUGCGAGUAAGAAUGUGAAGAAUUAUGACGUCGUGCGAACGAGCGUUUCCACCAAAGAGUGCUGAUAUUGAUAAAUUUUAGAUAUACUAUAAAUGGCUUGCAGCUUACUGUCCACUCCGAUACUGGACUGAUAAAAGAAGCGUCAAUAGCCCCUCUGCCUAGCUUGGAUAUAAACUCCUUCCACAUCCACGCGCGGCGUACCCCAACUCCUCCCCCAGAGAGGCGGCGAUGAACCCGGUCAACGCGGCCGCGCUGUACGUGUCCGCCAGCCGGGCCGUGCUGCAGUGCGACCCGCGGCAGCCGCACACCUUCUCGGACAUGUACACGCUGCUGCCCUUCUUCCGACAAUCGUUGGCAUGUCUCGUCUGUGGCGAGCUCGUGCGGGAUCCGGUGUCGGCGCCGCACCCCGGCUGUCCGCACCACGUGUGUCUGGGCUGCCGGGGCCAGAAGACGGCAGCGGGGCGGGUGGCUUGCGGACGCUGCCGGGACGCGGCCGGCUUCCGAGAGGACAAGCAGCUAUCGCUGCUGGUGCGGCUCUACCGAAAACUGUGCGUCUACGUGGCCCAUUCGGCGCUGCUGCCGUGCGUCAGCGCCAACGCCGAGCUGAUGGCGCUGCUGGAGGAGGCGCUGGUGGUACCGGCAGAGGAUGCAGAGUCGCCGGACGCCCAGGAUUCCUCUGCAAGAGCACCGGAUGGCGAGUUGGUGAAAAGCGAGCUUGGGGAUGACCGGCAGCCCGUGGAGGACAGCGAGUUGGCGAGUAGCCAGCCCGUGAACGAGGAGUUGCCGGACGGUGAGCCCGCGGAGGAUGGUGACUUGAAACCGGACGCCAUCGAGUCGACCUCCCCCACCAAGGAGCCGCGCCAACCCGCCGAGCUGUACCCGGAGCUCGGGGCGUGCAACCGAGCACUCCAGGAGAGCCUGGAGCCCUCCUCGCCCGAGCUGGAGGUGUGCGAGCUUAUGGAGGAGACGCUAGCUCCACCCCCUGCCGAGGGACACUCCGCGUCCGACACGGCCACCCUGGAGCUGAGUCUCACCACUGGACCCUUCACCGCGGGAGCCUUUGCCCCCGGAUCCUUCCCCAAUGGAACCUUCCCCUCUGGGGCCUUCGCCCCCGCGCCGGGCGGCAGGGAGCUGGAGGAGGGCGAGGUGCUUCUUCUCAGCGUCGAGGAGGUUCUCCAGACUCUGGACCCCCUCCAGCCGCCCACCGACGGCCCCCCGGACCGGCACUCCCACAUGUACCUGCAGUUGGACGCCGCACACAACUACACGCAGCUCCACGCGGACAGGACUCACGUGGCGCUGAGCCCCGCCUUCCCCCCUCCGCCUCUCACCGUCCCCCUGCCCCCCUCGCCCUCCUCCUCACCGUCGUCGUCGUCGCGCCACAAACGCAAGCGCUCGCGAUCGGAGAGCGACCGCGAGCAGGUGAAGCCGCUCCCCAUCGCUUCCAUCCUGCAGGGGCCCACGUCGCCACGCGGGCAGCACGCCGCCGCGCUGCCCCACGCUUAUUCAUCUCUAUACAACGGGGCGUCGCCCAAGCCCGCACGCCACCACCACCACCAUCAUCACCACCACCACCACCACCACAGCAAGGGCGCCCGCAAGCACGGCGAGCUGGGAGCCAAGAAGAAGGCUCGCUCGGGCGCCAAGUGCAAAGAGCGCGGCAAAGAGCAGCGCCUGCAACUGACCGGCUGCCUGGUGCCCCCCGCACCACCGCGGGCCCCCUACAAGAAGCCCGUGGAGAAGAAAGGCUGCAAAUGCGGACGCGCCACCCAGAACCCCUCGGUGCUCACCUGCAGGGGGCAGCGAUGCCCCUGCUACUCCAACCGCAAGGCAUGCCUGGACUGCAUUUGCCGCGGCUGCCAAAACUCUUACAUGGCCAACGGCGAGAAGAAGCUGGAGGCAUUCGCCGUGCCCGAGAAGGCGCUGGAGCAGACGCGGCUCACGCUGGGCAUCAACCUCACCAGCAUCGCGGCGGCCGCCGCCCUUCGCAGCCCGCCGGGCAGCGGACUUCGCGCCGGCACCCUGCUCAACGUCGCCACGGCCACCGCUCCUCAUGCUUUUGACACUUUUUAG